AUGCCACAGAACUUGGUGGCUGUGUACACCUUCCUCUGGGAAUCUGAGCAGGCCUGGCACCACGCGCCUUGGCAGGUUGAGGAACAGCCUGGUGUGCGGGCGACCUGCCAGCUCUCCCCCAGCGAGGCUCCACUGGGAGCGGUCUGGCCACUGGCCAUGCUCACCAUCUACACUUACCAAAACCUUGCUGGGAUAUUCUCUGCUGACGGUAAGAGUGACGCCAUGAAUGGACAGAGUGACGGUUCGUGUGUAGGACACGGCCUUGCUUCCCCGGUGGUCGUUCUGCACGGUGACGUUGAACGGCACCAGCCCGGCCUGCUUGGCGCACAAACCAACCAGCUGAUAAACACACGUCCCCUGGAAGUCGUACCUGCGCCCAUCAAAGGUGCGGUAGUGUGGAUCCCCGGAGGCUGUGCACGUGCUGUAGCUGAUAGGUCGGCAGGCACGCUCCCCGUCCAGCAGCGUGCAUUUCUCGUUGGCCGAGCAGGAAGCCUCUCGGCAGGUCACCAUGCCCAGAGCUGUGUCACACACGCACAGGCGACCGCAAGCCUCGUCCGCCCAGAACUGCUGGCCCGGCUUGUAGUAGCGGCCCUCGUAAGAGCAGCCGCACGUUUUGGCGGGCACACAGGCGCCGGCGCUGAGGACGUAACCUUUGUCACAAACACAGGCCUCCUCACAGGCACCCUCACACUUCUGCUUUUCCUCAGGGAAUGGGCAGGAUGGCUGGCAGGGGCUGGCACAGUCUUCAUAGUGGCUGUGACGCUGGCAUUCCAUUGCUGGAUUGAUUUUGUAUUCAUACACAAUCACAUCCACCUCCCUGACAUAGGAGACGGCUGUGUUUCCCCGGUUAUCGUUGCGCUCUGUUCCCUGGAAGUCAAAGUUGAAACCAUCGAACGUGUGGUAGUGGGGGUCACCCCAGGCCCAGCAGGCACCCUUGCCACACCCUCCAACACAGUCAUCACUACACUGAGGAUCGUCCACCAGGCCUGGCACCUUCCAGCUGCUACCGAAGGCAACAGCCCCGCUGGCCUGAGCGCCAGACGGGGUGGUGAAGUCAUCACUGGGAUUACCAUUGAAAUUACCACAGAAUCCACAAGUCUGACCACUGUAACUUUUACAAAGAGUGACCACAAGGUUGUGAUCCCAGUCGUAACGGACAACCGAACGGCUGUUAUGGUGACGCCGUAUACCUUCACCGUGACCAGGGCAACAUAUGACACUCUGCGGCUUCCUCUGUUCUCAUUCUGGGCCAGGACCUCGAAG